AUCUUUAGCCUGUCUAAAUGCAAUGUUACAUUCUCAUGCCAAAGGAGUUGAUUCAUUAUUUUAUAAAGUUGCUGGUAAAGUGGGUGUAUAUGGCUUGAAGAGCCAUCUUUCAGAAAACCAGUUGUCUAUGUUGGAAAUGAAAAAUGAGGACGAAUAUGGCAAUGUUGUGGCUGGUGACGAUGAGAUUGAUGAUAGACACUCCAAAGAUAAAAAGAAAGGUCUCUGUGUUCUGCCAGAGAAGGCGUAUAUGAACAUACAGAGUGUCCACAGUAAUGAGAGUACUCGUAAAGAUGUAGCGUCACAGGAGAUUACAAAAACUCAGCAUAAUAGAGUAAGUGAACGUAUUGCAAAUUUGGAAACAAUUCGAGAUGAAUUGAGAUCCUCCUCCAUGAAUGGUGAAGAAUCAUUAUCAAGUAAGAAGCAACCAUCAGUUAGUCAUAUGGUUAUGCCUAAUAUGAGUAGAAAACCAAGAAAACGAUUUAAUAAAAAAUUGAGUCCAGCUGCCCAAAUUGAAAGAACGAAGGUUGGUUGUGUUGACUUAGAAACUCCUGAUUCUAUUUUAUGCAACACCAAUCUAAGGGCUCUCAUCAACAAACAUGUGUUUAACAGUCUCCCAGCUAUUUGUCAGCAUUCGUUAUUAAAGCUCUUGCCAUCUGUUGAUAGAAUUGUAGGAUCUGACAACGCAUGGAGACUAAGCAAUACUGCUUUAAAUAAUGAAUUCUUUACUAGAGCCUGUAUAGACUGGAAAGACAGGCUUGCAGAUGGUGAUUUUACUCCGGAAAAUCAAAUGAAGAUUAAACAAGAAGCUGAGAAGGAACAAGCCAAAAUUGACCCAUGGAAGGCAAAACACUUUGAACCUGUAUGGGGGAAAUCUACGCUACAGGAACCUGUUGCAUCAAAAUCAAACUCUUCAUUCUUGGCAAGGACUUUACCCAGCAAGAAAUCUUCAAAUUUGCGGAUAUCUCGUGUUAAUGUAACGUCAUCUAAAUCAUCAAAUUGUGUAGUUAAGAAAUCUUUGUUGUCAAAUGGCUCAUCUCAGCGAAAACAAGCUGCAACAAGCAAAAAGACAAGUAAUUCAAGUGGAUAUACAAAAGCUAGGGUAUUUCAGAGUCCCCAUCUUGUUAGAAUGUUAAAUGAACCGUCUGAGCUAGGAGAACCUGAAGAUGUGGUUCAUCAGGCUAGAACUGCUUUAAAAAGGCCUAUAUGUAACACACCAGACCCUUCCUCUACUUAUGAGCCACCUGAAAAAAAAGUUAAGGUAACAGUUGAAGAAAUUCAACUAGAAACAUCUUUACAAGAGCAGGACUCUCUAGCUCAACAACCUGAGCCAGAGCCAGAGCCAGAAUUAGAACCAGAACCAGAGCCGGAGUCUGAGAUCAAACCAUGUGAACCUAUGCAAUUAGAAGAAUCCAUUGAAUGUAAGGUAUCACAACCAGAUAUAGUUCAGUCUAGUCAACCAAAAACACCUUUACAAAAUCAACAAGUUAAGCAGAUCAGUCCAACCAAAAGUAUUUCAACUAGUCCUACAGGACAAAAAUCUGGGACUGCUUCAGCCAAAACAUUAGCUCAGAUCAGAGCGCAUGCUACAGCAAAAGUACAAGGGCAAAUGCAAACACGUACACUUGCACAGAUACGAACUCAGAAGGCUGCAAAAGCCCAAGCAACCCAAGGCACUACAAGAACUCUAGCACAGAUCAAAGCACAAACAAAAGCCAAACUUCAGGCACGGACACAUGUACAAAUGAAAGCCCGGCCAAUGCCUGUGUCAGUCAAUAACGAUCCACGAAUGCAAAGUGGAGGACUUAUAGAAAUUAAACCCAAACCACAUCAGUGGAUGAAUUUGAAAUCUAUUGUACCAACUCAUCCUACUACGUCUAAAACAUUAGUUGCAGUUCCAGGACAGAAUUAUCCUUCAGUUACAGUGGUCAGUAAUUUGGGACUUUUAUCUCCAAAUUCUAAUGUGGUAACACUAACAUCACAACCAUUAUUAAUUACUUCCCCAGUUGUAAGCCAAGCCACUACGUCUCCUAUUGUAAAUAAUUCUACACACGUGUUGACAUCGUGUACAAAUAAUAUGAAUACUGUGUAUACAUCCACUGGUGCUCUCAAUGAAAUGACAAUGGCCAAACAAGAGAAUUAUAAUCCCAAACUUUGUGAGGAUCUCAGCAGUGCUGUAGUAUCGCAAGGUGAAGCUUAUAGAAAUGGUAGAAUCAGUAACGGUACUGGCAGUACUGAAAAUGACAAUGCUAGUUAUACAUCAGAAGAUGGAAGUUUAUCCACUACAGAGGACGCUUUAGCUGUCAGUUUAGACGGUAGCAAUAGUAGUUUUAUCGCCAACGGUGCUGAUAACAACACAGUAUCAUUAUUAAAUACACCGGGUGCUCAAAUAAUGUUGAUACAAAAUGAUCAACAAAAUGACUCUAAUCAGUCCAUGAGUGGCAAAUGUUCGUGUCGUCUUAAAGCCAUGAUAAUGUGCAAAGGCUGUGGUGCAUUCUGUCAUGAUGACUGCAUUGGACCCUCAACUCUCUGUGUUUCAUGCCUUAUUAAGUAGAUGACAUUUACUAGUCAUACCAUUUAAAAAUUCUUAACAAUUUCCAACUAUGUCUUUACUGGCAGGAGGAACUCUUCAAAUAAUGGUUUAUUACGACUGGAUAAUUUAUGUAAAUAAGCUUCAAUAAUGAAAUAUGUGCAAAAUUAAUGACCUAAAUGUUUUUAUACAUUCUGACUUGUAUCAAACCAAUAUUAAGACUUGAGUGCCGUCACUAUGAAGACA